AUGGCAUCAAUACCUACUCUCACCACAGAGCGGUCGCACGACGUAGCUCUGCAGACCCAGCGAUAUGCUAACGCCAUUGGCAGUGCGACAUCGCUAUCAAGCAUUUUAGAACUUCUCGAAUUCGCCGCGGAUGCCACACUACCUCCCCUGUACGCCGAUAUUUUGGACUCUUCAGAGCAGCCAAUCUGGUACGAGAUGCUUCGCAAAGACGGACUGCCACAAAGAGUUGGCGCGAUUGCAGAUGAAUGGGCUGGAGCAAGUGCAAAGAAUGGACACCAAUUGAACUCGACCAACAUCGAGCGUGUCGAGGCACAUGUCCAACGGCAAGCCAAAUGUAGGGGAUCCUCACUAGUCAAGAAGUUCGGAUUCUGUCGAUUCAAGGCAGCCCCUGCUGCCGAAAACUGGUAUUUUCUUGAAGGCGGACCUGGUGUAGACGCAACUAGACAGACGGUCGUGUUCAUCGCCCUUCAGGACCUCAGCCCACACAAUGGAUUUCCCAUCGACCUAUCCCGUGGGCGAGACGUUUGUAUGGAUGGUAACCUGGGUAUUUGGACACCUCCUACCGGAGGUGGCCUGGCAAUAUUCUUUUCACUGGAUCUAUGA